UUUUCUUCAUAAGAACAAGAGCUUUCAUUCUCAAACGAGCAGCACGCGCUCCUCAACAAGACAAGGAUGAACUGUGGUGUGUGUGUGUGUGUACUUCUGGCCGCCCUCUCGGUCACCUAUGCGGCUCGCACCCGCUCCUCUCCUGUGCAAGAUGAGAACAAUGCUCUGCCCUCGCAGAUGGACUCCAGCAUGAGCGCUGGACACGAUGCCAACCCCCGCGCCAACCUCAAUGAGCUGCUGGCCAGACUUAUCUCCAGGAAAGGUUCUGUUCGUCGGAACUCUGUGGCGAACAGCAAGGCGAGUGCUUUGAGCGCUAACCACCGGAUAAAAGACCGGGACUACUUGGGAUGGAUGGACUUCGGUCGCCGGAGUGCCGAGGAAUACGAUUACUCCUCAUGAGGGACCACGCCUCAUUCAUCACUUUCCUAAAUAAAGAAUAUAUUUAUUAUUAUCUCCCUUCUUCUUAUAAUGAUGCUGAUGAUGUAUUUGAUGUACAUGUUUGUAAAUUGAUGAUGCAAUAUACACUUAUGCCAAAUAUUUUCAGAAA